CUGCAGUUGCUCCCUCCCUCCCUUACCAUCCAAGCAGCCUUCUCUUCCUGCUGUCGCCACACCACACAGAGAGAGACAAGCAGAUCAACCGGCUCCGGCUCUUCCACACUCAGUAUCACUAGACGCUGCUCUCGGCUGCACACGCACGCACACUCCUCGCUCAACCAUGGCGUGUACCAGGCUGCUGUUGAUAGUCGUCCUCAGCUGUGUGCUCUUCACCCCCUCAGAAUCAGCAAGCUGCUGUCUGAGGUACUACCAGCGACCUGUACCCUGCCACCGAAUGACUGGGUUUACCAUUCAGACCAUCAGCUCCAGCUGUGACCUCCAAGCCGUCAUCUUCCACACCAAAGACGGAAGGUUUAUGUGUGCCGACCCUGCCAAGAAGUGGACUAUGAGGGUGUUAAAGUGCUUGCUGAGUAGGAAGACUGACUGAAAUGUUCCUGGUAUGGAACUACAAUUCACACAGUCUCUGGAGCAGGGGGUCCCUCAACUAAUUGCUCCCCCCAAGGUUUCUUCAAUUUCUUCAUGGGAGUUUUUCCUUGUUUUCGAGGGGCAGUUCUGCUGGCAUAUGCUGUGACAUUGCUUGCAAAAAGGGCUAUCCAAAUAAAUGUUGAUUUGAUUUGAAUACAUUGCAUUAUACAUUGCACCUUACAAUCCAUAUGAAUUUACCAUGCUGAGAAAGAGUAUAGUGUUUUCAUUUGGUUUGAAACUUGAUGUUCAAUGGGACUUCUGUUGGUCAUUACUUUAUGUGCAGUUGUUCUUUGUAUGUAUUGAUCCGUGUAAUUAAUAGAUCUGUUUCAUAAACAGAAUACUGUAUUCAUA